ACGGCGCGCUGGGAGCUGCCCGUGCCGCCUCGGGGCCCCUCCGCGCUCCUGCGCGGUGCGGAGCCGAGCGGAGCGGAACGCAACGCGCAGGCGGCGGCUGCUGCCGCUGCUGCAGGUGAAGCCCUCUCUCUGCGUUUACUUUUCCCAAGAGGGAGAAGGAGGCAGCAGGAGGGGGACGCGGCGCCGUGCGGGGCGGGCAGGCCAAUCAGCGCCGCUGUAACGCAGGGAUCGCUGCAGGACGCUCCGGGUUUUCCUCCCAUCUUCUGCCGCCGGGGCUAAAUCGGGACCGCACGGACCGGCGGAGCCGCACCGGGCUGCAGGACUUCCUCACCCGUCGCUUCUCCGACAGCGAAUCCCUAUACUUCUCCUAUUUUUUUUUUUUCCUUUUUUAAUACUCUGAAAUCGUGCACGAGAAACAUUUCGAGUCUCCCCUCCUUCCUCACGCACUUAACACCCCCAGCGGCAUCACCCCGCCGGAUCCCUGCUUUCGCCCGGCGAGCGGCGAGGAGCCGGGCGCGGAGCCGCUCCAUGCCGCGGGCCGUGUGCCGGCGAUGCUCGGGCGCUGAGGCCGGAGCUCCCCGCUGACGGGAGGCGGCCGAGCGCGGGGUGCUUCCAGCAGCGCGGAGCGGCCGCAGGAUGAAUAAGAGAUACUUACAGAAAGCAACGAAAGGGAAGCUGCUAAUAAUAAUAUUUGUUGUAACGCUGUGGGGGAAAUUAGCAUCUGGAGCAAAUCAUCAUAAAGCUCACCAUGUUAAAACUGGGACCUGUGAAGUGGUGGCACUCCACAGAUGUUGCAAUAAGAACAAGAUAGAAGAAAGAUCACAGACAGUGAAGUGCUCCUGCUUCCCUGGGCAGGUAGCAGGUACCACUCGGGCAGCUCCUUCUUGUGUUGAUGCUUCAAUAGUGGAGCAGAAAUGGUGGUGCCACAUGCAACCAUGUCUUGAAGGGGAGGAAUGUAAGGUUCUUCCAGAUCGUAAGGGAUGGAGCUGUUCCUCCGGGAAUAAAGUGAAAACAACUAGGGUAACCCGAUAGCUAAAGACAAAUCAAGUCAGUCUCAAGGCUGAUAACAUUAAAUACAACAUAUAGGAAUUUCAUUUCUCCAGGCAAUCCUUGAAGUGAAAUUUUGUACUGCUGGGGUGUAGCCUUCAGAAUCAAUUGUUUCAAUGAGAACCUGGUUUGUAAUCAACAACAGCCUUGAGAUCAAAACUACUGGAAAGUUAUUUUGAACUUCUGUGUCACAAAGAUUUCAACUGAUUGAACUGUGUACACUUGUAAAAUUGCACUUGCUGAGGAAUUUGCAGCCGUAAUCUCAAGAGAUGGUUCUCGAAAGGUGCAGAAAAUCAGCAAUCGUUCGGAUUCUCCUUUCCAGACUGGUGGCAUUUCAUCCUGAUGAAGUCAAUCUCCAAAAUGUAUUGGUUCCUCCCCUCUAAAAUGAUCCCUGGUCCACAUUCCGAUUGCUGGUGGGACUGCACAGUGCUUUAAUUAAAUUUCCAUUGCAGAAAUUGUCCUCUGGCAUGGCACAAUUUUAGACAUUUUUAUUUGUAUUCUAAUCUUGGAGCUCUAAAGGGUACAUAUUUCAACAUCUUGAAGUUGCUUUUGUUAUAGGAAUGGAAAUAUAUAUCCAUUGUUAAUAAUUAUUGUUGACAAGUAAUAGUUAUCUGAAUACAUCAGUCAUAUUAGAAUGUAUAGUCAGGUUGACAUGUUUCCCUAAGGCUAACCAACUACUGCAGCUAUUUGGCAGUUAAAAAAAGCAGUGGUCAAAACUCAAUUACCACUUCCAUUAUAAAGCAUUUUAUACCUUUAAGAUAUAUAUUUCAAUUUACUUUGAAGGAGGCAAGUGCUCCUGCACUUUACUUUCCUAACCUUUAAAUCAUUGAAAUUCAUGGUAAGCAGUCAAGGAAAGUAUUUCAUCCAUUUUUAUAAAAGUAGGCAGGGAUGUAAAUGAGUUUUUCAAUUAUGAAAUUGAGUGGUAAUCAUUCAAAAUUUUUCUCUUUUCAUUGAAAAAUAAAAUCUCUUGCUUGAAACUAAGUACUGUUCUGUUGGAUGCUUAUGUAGAUGUCUGCUCGGACUGAUUAUUAUAAAGGAAAAAAGUCCUAGUGCCCUCCUAGAUAUAGGGUUCAUGAGUAUUUUGCUUGCUUACUGUUCUCAAAUUCAGACCUAAUCUGUGCCAAAAUCACAUUUCCUUUUUUUAAUUUUCUAUUUCAGUAGCAAUUUUUUGAACUUUGUGAUGUGCUGUUACAUGAGAAAACCUCCAUAUUUAAAGGCCUUAAGCAUCUAUGAGCUUUUUUUCUAAGUUAUUACAGAAUGUAUAAUUUUAUAUUUCGUUUAGUGUAUAUUGUGCCAUCUGUAAUAUUGAUACAACAAAAAUUUGGCUAUUCCUUUUAGUGACACUACAUAAGCAUGCUAACAGAGAGAGAGAGAGUUCUGAUUGUAUGCUUUGGUGCAUUAAAUGAAAAGCACACACACUUAAUGAUAGGCAAAAAAUAUAUAGGAUGAAGCUUAUUUAAAAGUCCUGUGUGGUUACCAAACUCUCUGAAAAAGAUGGAAAUAAUUUUAUCAUUACAAACUAUAGACAUGGCAGGGUAGUUAUAUAUAAAGUUCCAUGAUGGAUGUAUACCUUGGAGAGAUCUGCCUGUCACAGUAUCCCCGGCUGUUCCAAAACCAUUUCAUUACCUCUUGUAUUACUGCACAGGAGAGCUUAAAAAAAAUAAAUGAUUGUUGGGAAUAAAAUUGAGAAGUAUCUUCUAUCAUUCUGCUGAGAAAUAAUAAAAAAUGUUGGCAGGGAAAGAUAUUCUUUUCUGAUUGAGAUUUAAUUAGGAUAAAUUGUUUGUAGCAGCAAUUAGGUAUCUCGGUAUUUUAGGGUGGAUUAAUAUUGUAUGGAUUUGUGCUAAUGGGUGCAGGAUGGAAAGUAGCAUUUUUAAAAGACUGGGACAGUACAAAGUAUUAAUGUGGUGUUUUGUAAAAUCUGAAUAUGGCCUGUCUUUGGUCAAAAGUCUGCAUCAUGCUUCUCAAUAUUGUUUUAUUUGUUCUUUUGUUCUUAAACCAACACUGAAAAUACUGUAUUAUAUACAAGUGUAACACAUGCAUAUCAAUAAGUGAAAAUAAAUGGACUUUCAAAUAUACCAAAUAGAUUAUCUGCAGUAGAUUAAUGUUGUGAAUAUUCAUAACAAGUGAAUAAAAUUGUGAUAUAAAACAGAGUUCCCUGAAUGGAUGUGCACUUUGAAGAUCAAUCUUGUUUACCCAUGGAACAAAAUAAUUUUGUUCAAUGAAUGAGAAUUUCAAAGGUUUUAUUAAUUUUCUAUUUAUUCAGUAGAGCUGGAAAUAUCUCCCACUGGUUUGAAAGAUCUUUCUGCAAAGGAAAUGGAUCUAAUGCAACUGUUCUAGCAUUGUCAUGGGAAAUUCAAGUGGAUGCACUGUUCUUUUUGAUUAGGCUGAAUAUGAACACUGCUUUUUUCCCCACAGUAUUCCUGAAAAAUUCAUGGUAGACAUCCCUGAAAUUGUGAUGUUUUGGUUUAAUUUAUUAAACUGUUUUAAAAAAUAAAAAUCAAUGCAGUGACCAGUGGACUCUGCUGGUUUAUCUCAGGGCAAUGUGGGAACUGUAGUUCAGCCAUCCAUAGUGUCUGUUUAAGUAGUGGUGUCUGAAAAUAGAGUACUGGUGACCAGGUCAGCUAUGGGCAUUCAUACUGUGGGUGUCUGGAGAUGAAUUAUUCUUCAUUUUCUCCUUUAUUCCUUAUAUUCUACUUCCCAGUUUAUUUGAUAUACAUUUGAAUAAAAACAUGAUCAGGCAUAAAGAUCAGAGGGAAAUCUAUGUUUCCUUUCAAACUCAGUAGUUGUCAAGAGCUCUGAGUCGUUAGAGAAUAUGUGGUUUCUGUCUGCAGUUUUGUAUGGGAGUGCAGUAAUGGAAAGAAAACUGACUGCUUUGUUCAAACCUUUCAAAAUGAAAUGUAUUGGGUCAGCUCAACAAACUAAAAAGGAAAUCCUGAUACGAGUCUUAAUGAAAAGAAUUCCAAGCCAGAUCUAAUAAAUAUAAAAUAGAUAUUAAAAAACAUUACAAAAAUCUGCAUCAGAUGGAUUUGUUUUAGAACAAAAUACCUACUACAGAGUUUGUUAUUUUGAAAGCAUAUGUAGGUUAUUUUUUGUUGUUGUUGCUGUUUUUAUUUUCCUAAUUAUGAUUGUACAGCAGACUUUUAUAACUAUCCAGGUAAUGCAUGACUGUCUAUAACACCCAAACAGAAAGAUGUGAUUUGCAUUCUUUUUUGCUGAUUUACUGCCUCUUCCCUCGUGACUUGAAUUUUACAAAUAAAUUGUUAACCAAGAUAUUGACAUGGGAAAGGAACACAGUUUUGGUUUGUAAUGGCAGUAUUGCCUGUAUGUCUUUCUUCUUGCCAGUGGUUAGAUUGCUUUAUAAUGAAACAUGUCAUGUCUGAACAAUCGGAUAGCACUAAAUGAUUUCACAUUUAAAUGAUAUUAAAUAAUGAGAAUGACCUAAUCACUUGAUCAGUGUUCAUAACACAGUUUGUAUCCUGAAAAACUUUUCUGUUUAUUCCUUUAUAGCAUUAGAAAAUAUUUCUACAUUACAUCUUUGAUCUUGUUUCUGUACAUAACUUUCUGCUACCACUUUACUGUCAUUGUGAAUAUUUUAGCAAAAAUGCCUUCCAUGGCUGGUUGUUUUGCAUCUUAUGUAUUCAUCUGCACUGCUUAUGUGGUGAUUACAAGAGCUAAUAUAAAAAAAAGGCUGAAUUUCCCACAACUUUAUUUUGACAAGUGAUGACAAAUGUUGCCAACAUCUCUUAAUCCAAAAUUAAUUUUAGAGCAUCUGGGAGGAGGACCAUUGCUUGUGUCAGCUGGGAAAAAUUCUAUAGAGGAAUAACUGUUCUUUCUCAGACUACUAUCAGUGGGAUGCCAGGCUAGGCAAAACCAUUGCAGUAUGGUUUUACUACCAGAGAUGGAUAUUAUGGAGAUGUGGAUCCUGCAUACAGGCAGCAGCGCAAUGAAGUCCAGGCUGGGGCUUUUUGUGGAGGUGACAGCAAGCCCUUGGUUCUGUUCUCUAGACUGGUGGAAAGAUCUGUUUUGUGUUCCUGGGAUUUGCUUUGAAAUUAGACUAUAGAAAGGGCAAAGUGCCAUGGAUAAAGCCUUCAAAAUUUUGUGUUCAGUAUUUUGUUCAGAAAAUGCUGAAUGAGCAAAUCAAAAUUCAUGUGCUUGUCCUUGUUGAGGUUAAUGAUUAAAUAACUUUCCUUCUGUUUUCAAAUCCUCUUUAGUACCAGUCAGGUAAUGUUAUGUGGCAAUGGGAAGUGAAGUCCGGUUGUUUUUGAUCAUAGAUUUUCUUGAAUAAAUACAACUCAUCAGAUCAAUAUUAGCCAUGACUGAAAGGCUUGAACUAUAGCCAGCUUUUACUUCUGAAAACAGCUUAUUGUCCAACUAAGUUCAAGAAAUGGUUUGUGUAAUAGAAGUAUUAUUGUCCAUAUGUAAUCUUGUUAAUGUUCUAUAUUAGCUCUUUAAAUUAGGCUUAUGUUCGUAACUAUAAAAGUCUGUGUAGAUCUUUUGUAACAACAGUCAUUCUUUUUUCCACAAUACCAUUGAGAAACGCUAAAGACCCUGCACUUUGGGAGGUAUUACUUUUCUUAAAAUGCAGCAAUGCAUAAUGGAGAAAAAAGUAAAAAUACUAAUGUUAUUUACACUGCUGAGAGAUUUUUCUUGGAAAUGAUGAAAUAGGUCCAGUUGCAGGUUUACACUGUAUCAGCACAUGGGUUGAAUUUCUCAAAGUCUUUUCUCCCUACUGUUAGAAAAACAGGUCAAAAACUGAUCUUAAAUUCUCUAGUUUUAUGUCUUUCUAGUUAGAUCUUGUAUCCAGAAUGUUCAAAAUGUAAGGUGGUUGUUUUGCUCACUGUGUCUCCUUAUAAAGAAACUCUCGUUUUC